GAAUGGAUCCGUCCAUGGGCCAGGAGAGAAGAACACCCGUCACCCCGUCCUCGUCCUCCCGCUACCACCGCCGACGGUCCUCUGGCUCCAGAGACGAACGCUACAGAUCAGAUGUGCACACAGAGGCUGUGCAGGCGGCCUUGGCCAAGCACAAAGAGAGGAAGAUGGCGGUGCCCAUGCCGUCGAAGCGGCGGUCGUUGGUGGUUCAGACAUCCAUGGAUGCCUACACACCACCAG